CAUGGGCUGCUUUAAUCUAGUUUCGAUCUUCUUCAUCUGCUUGUUUUGUUUUUCUAACUUACUAAUCACCAUACGGUACACAACUGCACAAGAAUAUUUUAAUCAUUUAUGCUUAGGAGCAAAUUACACCAAUGGAAGUAAAUUCCAAUCUAAUCUCAACAUUCUGUUUCCUUCAAUCAUCCAAAAUAGAUACUAUAACGCCACCGUUGGCCAAAGCCCGGAUACUGUUUACGGGUCUAUACAGUGUAGAGGUGAUGUUACAUUAGAUGCUUGUCAAAAUUGUGUUCAAAUGAUUACUCAAGUGAACAAAGAAUUUGAUAACUGUCCAAAUUCGAAACAAGCAAUUGUUUGGUAUGAUACAUGUAUGUUAAGGUACUCAGAUCAAGAUUACUUUACUAUUAUGCUAGAGGGUCCAAGAUAUUAUCUUGUGAAUAGAAAUAAUGUUCCUAAUCCGUCUCAGUUUAAACCGAUUUUAAAUGAUUUAUUGACUGGUUUAUUUGGUGAAGCUGGGUCCAGUGGGUUUUAUACUAAUUUUGCUACUGCAGAUAAAGAUAUUACAAAUCGUACAAAAUUAUAUGGAUUAGUACAGUGUACUGCAGAUAUCCCUUCAAGUAGUUGUAGUCGAUGUCUAUUUAGAGCUAUGGAUGUGUUACCAGGUUGUUGUGAUGGGAAAGAAGGUGCAAGAGUUAUUGGUCCUAGUUGUAUGCUUAGAUAUGAAUUAUAUUCUUUUUAUGAAUCUACUAUUACUUCUUCAACACCUCCAUUAUCUUCUCCUACUCCUCUGAAAUUACCGUCGUCAACGAAUACAACUGUAGCAAAUGCAAAUAAGAAUAACUCAUCCAAACUUACUAUCAGUAUAGUGGUUCCUUCGGUUGUCGCACUAGUUUUUGCCAUUGCCUCCGGGUUCUUCUGUUUCCGAAGAAAGAGAACCCAGAAAAAGAAGUAUAACUAUGUGGAUGAUGAGACUCCAGUUACAGCAGAAUCUUUGCAGUUCAACUUCAGUACAAUAAGUGCUGCAACAGACAAUUUCUCGGAAGCUAAUAAACUUGGAGAAGGCGGAUUUGGUUCUGUUUACAAGGGGACACUUCCAGACGGGCGAGAUAUAGCCGUGAAGAGGCUAUCGAAAUAUUCUGGUCAAGGUGACCACGAAUUCAAGAAUGAAGUUACAUUAGUAGCUAAACUUCAACACAGAAAUCUUGUGAACCUUGUAGGUUUCAGCUUAGCUGGUGAAGAAAAACUACUCAUCUAUGAAUACAUGCCAAAUGCAAGCCUUGACCAAUUUCUGUUCGAUCCGACUAAAUGCACUCAACUGGAUUGGGAAAGAAGAUUCAAGAUAAUAGCAGGGAUAUCAAGAGGACUUGUCUAUCUCCAUGAGGAGUCUCGACUUAAAAUUAUCCAUCGGGAUCUGAAAGCUAGCAAUAUAUUAUUAGACAUGGACAUGAAUCCUAAAAUUGCAGAUUUCGGCAUGGCUAGGCUUUUUGUGCAUGACCAAACUCAAGAGCGUACAAGCAAAAUUGUUGGAACAUAUGGCUAUAUGGCUCCAGAGUAUAUAAUGCAUGGUCAUUUCUCAGUGAAAUCAGACGUUUUUAGUUUUGGUGUCUUAAUAUUAGAGAUACUUUCUGGACACAAGAACAGCAGUUUUUAUCAAUCAGAUGUUGCUCAAGACCUUUUAAGCUAUGUAUGGAGACAUUGGAAUGACGGAUCAGCUAUAGAAAUAUUAGAUCCAACAUUGAAAGACACAUAUUCUAGAAAUGAAGUGGUGAGAUGCAUCCAUGUUGCAUUAUUAUGUGUUCAAGAAAAUAUUGCAGAUAGACCCACAAUGCCCACAGUUAUCCAUAUGCUCAACAGCUACUCUGCGACUGAUCCUGCUUUACCUUUAUCGCCUGCGUUUUUUAUUGGGAGUACCGUAAAUAUGGAGCCCCAGUCGAACUUAGGCUACAGCGAAGAACAAGGAAGCUCGAAGAAUGAGUCGGUGACCAGCGAAGUAGGGGCAGGGAGCGUGAAUGGAGUUACAAUUUCAGAACUAGACCCUCGAUGAUUAUACACCACUACAUGUCUUUUUUUUCUUUUUUUUUAAUCUUAGUGGGCACUCUAUAUAUAGUCUACAGGUUAUUCUUUUUUU